AUGCCAGCCCCAUCGUCCACCCAAGCAGCAACGCUGCAGCGCUUCAUCACCGCCUGGGAGAGAUGGGACGCCCAAGAAUGGAUCUCCACCUUCUCCGAAGACUUUGAACAAGCCACCCUCCCCCUCGGGCUGAACAUACCCGUCCGUUCACGGAAAGAAGUAGAGGUCGUUCUGCCUGCUCUAGUCGCGACGGUGAAAUCCUAUAAGCUACAAAUUCACCACGUUAUUCACGACCCGGAGAACAAUAAGGCAGCCGUGUACGCUGCAUCUACAGGAAAGCUUCCGUGGGGAGACUGGAAUCUGGAGUACUCGGCAUUCUUGAAGUUCUCGGAGGAUGGAGAGAAGGUAGCUAGGCUGGAAGAGAUGCUGGAUACCGCAUUUUUGCAGGAUUUCGGGCCAAAGUUUGGGAAGUAUCUGCAGGAGAAUGGGGGGCCGGUUGCUGUAGCUGCUGGGGGGAAAUAA